AUGCCUCGUGAUAUUCAAGACCAUCUUCUCUUCGAAGUGGCCACUGAAGUCGCUAACCGUGUGGGUGGUAUUUACUCAGUCCUCAAAUCAAAGGCCCCUAUCACCGUGGCAGAGUACCGCCAUCGUUACUGCCUCAUUGGACCACUUAAUUACGCUUCCGCUUCCACGGAAGUCGAAGAAUUGGAACUCAAAGACCCUAAGAUUAAACAAAGUCUUGAUGCAAUGUCAUCUCGUGGUGUCAAGUGGCUCUACGGUCGCUGGCUCAUUGAAGGUGCUCCAAGAGUCCUUUUAUUUGAUAUCCAUUCUUGUGAUGGCUAUUUGGAUGAGUGGAAGUCGGAUUUAUGGAGUUUAUCAGGAAUCCCAACCCCUCCUAAUGAUAGUGAAACUAACGACACUAUUUUAUUGGGAUAUCUUGUGGCUUGGUUCCUUGGGGAGUUGGUAUUCCAUGAUCGUGACCGGGCAGUAAUUGCCCACUGUCACGAAUGGCUUGCUGGCGUUUGUUUGCCUUUAUGCCGUAAACGUAGACUCGAUGUCACUACAAUUUUCACUACGCAUGCCACUUUAUUGGGUCGUUACUUGUGUGCAGGGUCUGUCGAUUUCUAUAACAACUUGGCGAACUUUGACGUCGAUGCUGAAGCUGGGAAAAGAGGUAUUUACCACAGAUAUUGCAUUGAGCGUUCCGCUGCCCAUUCUGCUGAUGUUUUUACAACAGUUUCUCAUAUCACCGCUUUUGAAUCUGAAAAUCUUUUGAAACGUAAACCAGAUGGUGUCUUACCAAACGGGUUGAAUGUGGUGAAAUUUCAAGCGGUUCAUGAGUUUCAAAACUUGCACGCUUUAAAAAAAGAGAAAAUUAACGAAUUUGUUCGCGGCCAUUUCUACGGGAAAUAUGAUUUUGACUUGGAAAAUACUCUUUAUUUUUUCAUUGCUGGUCGGUAUGAAUACCGUAACAAGGGGGUGGAUGUAUAUAUUGAAGCUCUUGCCAGAUUGAAUCACCGUUUGAAGGAAAGUGGUUCUAAAAAGACUGUUGUGGCCUUUGUCAUUAUGCCUGCUGCUACCGGCUCUUACACAAAGGAAACCCUUAAAGGACAAGCCGUUAUAAAGGCCCUUGAAAACAGUGUAGAGGAAAUCUCUGAAAGCAUUGAGCGUCGUCUUUUUGAGCACUGCGCACGUUAUCAGCAACAUGGUAAGGAGGUUCCAACCUUGGAUGAAUUGAUUAGACCUGCCGAUCGUGUGCUUUUGAAGCGCCGUGUUUAUGCAUUAAAGCGCGAUUCUUUGCCACCAAUUGUUACUCACAAUAUGAAUGAUGAUGCUAAUGAUCCAAUCCUCAACCAAAUCCGUAGAGUCAAGCUCUUCAAUGCCCCAGAAGAUCGGGUGAAGGUGAUUUUCCACCCUGAAUUCUUGAAUUCCAAUAAUCCGAUUUUACCAUUGGAUUAUGAUGAAUUUGUCCGCGGGUGUCAUUUGGGGGUUUUCCCAUCAUAUUACGAGCCUUGGGGAUACACUCCAGCGGAAUGUACGGUAAUGGGCGUUCCUUCGGUUACUACCAACCUUUCUGGGUUUGGAGGAUACAUGGAAGACUUGAUUGAAAAUGCACCAGAUUAUGGAAUAUACAUUGUUGAUCGUCGGAUGAAAAGUGUUGAUGAAUCAAUCAAUCAAUUGACCGAUUAUUUGGAAGAUUUUGUUGGCAAGUCCCGCAGACAAAGAAUCAAUCAGCGUAAUCGUACUGAAAGAUUAUCCGAGCUUCUUGAUUGGAAAAGAAUGGGUUUGGAAUAUAUUAAGGCUCGUCAAUUGGCAUUGAAGAGAGCAUAUCCAAACCAAUUUUCCCCAGGCAGUAACCCUUUUGCUAACAAUGCCGCAGUGAAGUUGACUCGUCCAUUAAGUGCGCCAGGUUCCCCAAGAGAUCGGAAGUUAUUAAUGACUCCAGGGGAUUUGGGGAGCUUACAAGAAAGCAAGCAGCAAUUGGGAACCGAGGAUUAUGUUGAUUUUAAAUUGAGUACUGGAGAGGAUAGCGAAAGUGAAGAAGAAGAGCAUGACAGAUAUCCAUUGAAUUUGAGAGGUGGGAGUGUCCCAUCUUGA